AUGCAAAAUAAUAAUCAGCCUUCAAUCUUGGAAAUUACUGUCGUAUCAGCUCAAGAUCUUAGCACAGCCACCUCUUCAGCCAUCUUCCGCAGACGUCUCCGGCCUUUCGUUACCCUCGACAUCACCGUACCGUUCUCACAAUACAGACCAGCCACUUCCAGUAGUAAUGAACAUAUUCAAGUGUACAAAACAAAGGUCGAUUAUAUAGGAGGCAAAAAUCCCACAUGGGGUGACAAGUUUCGGUUACCUAUUGAUGUCACAUUCUUUUACCAGAUACAUUUUGGAAUAUGCCUCAAACUUUACACCAAACGUCUCUUAUGGGGUCGUACUCAACUGGGAUGGUGUCGGAUUCCGGCAGCUGAUAUGGUAGACUGUUUGUUUCUGGCAAGAUCUAUUCGGUUCCUGAGUUACAGACUAAGAGCUAGAGAUGGUUCAAGGGGGCAUGGGAUUGUUAAUGUUGCAGUAAAAUGGGAAGGUUCAAUACCACCGGUACACCCUUCAAGGUUGUUGAUAUUAGAUAAGCCACACUCGCCGGAAAAUGGUGCUAGUAAUCGGAUGGUGAUCGGGAUCCCAGUGAGAACGUCGCCGGAUUAG